AAUAUAUACGUGAAAGCAAGAGUCGGAUAAAGCAGGAAGGAAAUGGCGUACGCACUUGCUCCUCAAAUUUACGCACGUCCAUGGAGUUUCGGAGUUGUAAAUAUAUGUCGAAGUAGGCGUUACCUAUGUAGUUCACUAAACUUCACCAAAAUUCAGAGCGAUUUUCGAUAUUCCUCCGUCGGAAAAUUGACAAGGGCCACUGGUGAUCCCAGCUUCCGGAGCGUUGAGGAAGGAGUGGAAGAAAAAGAAGAAUUUCAAGUGUUGACCGCUACAACUAGCUACUACAAUGACAUUGUUAUUGUAGACACUCCCGAAUCCAGAAUGCUACUUCUCGAUUCUUCUAAUAAUGUGCACAGCAUUCUUUACAAGGAGCAGAUUUGGACAGGUUCUUACUGGGAUGAGUUUGCUAGCUUGCCAGCUAUAAUUCCAGAAGGUCCAAUUGCUAUAUUUGGAUUGGGAGGGGGGACUACUGCCCAUUUGAUGCUUGCUUCAUGGCCCUCGUUGCAGCUUGAAGUUUGUUUCUUAACAAUCCAGCUAAUUGAUAAAGCAAGAGACUUUUUCGGGCUAUCUGAUCUUGAGAAGCAUUCUGAUGAUGGUGGGAUACUUAACAUUCACAUCGGGGAUGCCCUUGAUCCAUCGGCCAGAAUCUCUGGGGGUUAUGCUGGAAUUGUUAUUGACUUGUUUUCUGAUGGAGAUAUUUUGCCUCAGUUGCAACAGGUUGGCAAGUGGUUGGAAUUGAAAGAUAGACUGAUGGUUGGUGGUCGGCUCAUGAUUAACUGUGGAGGGAAUGUAGUCAAAGUCACUGACAAUGGUAUCCGUAGUGAAGUAUCCUCAGCCGAUUCCUUCCUGCCACGCAAUUCGGUGAUUCAGGCUCUUUCCGAAGCAUUUCCUAAACAGUUGUGUUGGAAAAAACUACCCAAAGAGAAGGGUGAGAAUUAUGUUGCUCUGACUGGACCAUUUCCAGAAUUGGAGUCCUGGUCCGCUGUUGUUCCGGAGCCUUUAAGAGCCAGUGUGAAGGAGUGGAGGCCCUAUGAGCGCCUCUGAUGAUCUACAACCCGCUCUUUGAUUUGAUGGACGAAAUUAGAGUGGAGGCCCUACUAGCUAAUGUUCUUAAUUGUUGAGUUACUGUUUCUUAUAUUAUGUUUGUAGAAGUGAUAAGAGCAAAAUCAUGGGGGAAGUCCAAAUCCUGACCCCUCCACUGGUCAAUGCUUUGCAUUGCAUGUGCUUAGAAUGCACAAUUCAAGGCCUCCGUUGCCUCAAUCCAUUGGGUUCAGACUCGAAGGGAUUCCCACGCAAUCACUUUCUUCUCCGGGUCAAAAACACCAUUAAUACUUAAUCACCCUUCCUUAUAAAGAAAAAACACCUUUCUAGUUUGUCCUUUAGUGGCCGAAACCAAGAAGGAUAUAUAAAUAUUCACUUUUAUCAGGGUAACGUGGCAGAGACGGUGGUUAAUGGUUCUAAUUUUGUUUAAAUUGUGCAUGAAAUGUGCUGGUUUAGUGGACCUACCUUCUACUAUGACAGUGUAUGGAACUACUACCUUCAA